GAUGAGGCACAGCGGCUCGAGGACUUGCAGAAUGAAGAGGACUGCGCCUUGUUCGAGCAGCACCUCUUGCCGGGAGUGCAUUGCCCGCUUUGCGGAGAUGGGCGGCUGCAGAACGACGAAGGUCAGCUGCGCUGCUCUAACUGCCAGGAGAUGCGGGUGACCCUCAUGGAUGAACUCCUGUCACUCGACGACAUCUGUGAGCAGUUGGGGGAUGCCGAGGUGCGCCACCAGAAGGGUGGAUGUCUGAAACGUGGCCACUUCGAGGCCACCGGCGACUCCAUGCUGAUCCACCGCUGCGAAGCGUGCGGGUGGAGCGAGAUCGUGUUUUGA